CGUAAAAUUGCGAGAGCAGAGAUGUGGUGUUAUUGCUAUUGACGUGGAGUAAACUUGAGUUACAAUAAAACCAUAAUACAACAUCAAAUAUGUACGCCCUUAAGCGCGAGAAAAAAGAGGAAGAAGAUGGUGCAAGUGGCAAUCCUUUUCAUAACUUAGAGAAAACUACUGUUCUUCAGGAAGCUAGAACUUUUAAUGAAACGCCUUUAAAUCCAAGAAAAUGUGCAACCAUCCUGACCAAGAUCAUCUACCUUCUGAAUCAGGGAGAGCAGUUAGGCACUGUAGAAGCAACAGAAGCAUUCUUUGCUAUGACAAAGCUUUUUCAAUCAAAUGAUCCAAUUAUCCGUCGCUUAGUUUAUCUAUGUAUUAAAGAAUUGGCUUCAGUUGCUGAGGAUGUUAUUAUUGUAACCAGCAGUCUUACUAAAGAUAUGACUGGGAAGGAAGAACAAUAUCGACCAGCAGCUAUUCGAGCACUCUGCAAAAUUACUGAUGGUGGCAUGCUACAAGCUAUUGAGCGUUACAUGAAGCAGGCUAUUGUUGAUAAAAAUAGUUCAGUAUCUAGCGCUGCCCUUGUAUCAUCUCUGCAUUUUAUGAAGGAAUGUCCAGAUGUUGUGAAACGAUGGGUCAAUGAAGCUCAAGAAGCAGUUAAUGCUGAUAAUGUUAUGGUCCAGUAUCAUGCUUUGGGAUUACUGUAUCAGAUUCGUAAAAAUGACAAAUUGGCCAUAUCCAAACUUCUAACCAAAUAUACUAGACCAUCACUCAAGUCAUCUUAUGCUGUUUGUUUAUUAAUUCGAAUUGCAAGUAAAUUGAUUGAAGAUGAUGAUGCUGGCCUCGAAAGUUCUCAUUUUGAUUUCAUUGAGAGUUGCCUACGACAUAAAAGUGAAAUGGUCAUUUAUGAAGCUGCCCAUGCUAUUGUGAAUAUGAAAUCCACCACUCCAAGGGAGCUGGCUCCCGCUGUAUCCGUAUUACAAUUGUUCUGUGCCUCACCAAAGCCUACACUGAGAUUUGCUGCAGUCAAAACACUUAAUAAGGUGGCAAUGACUCAUCCUGCUGCUGUAACUGCCUGCAAUAUUGACCUUGAGAAUCUCAUCACUGACUCAAACCGUAAUAUUGCUACUUUAGCCAUUACCACUCUUCUCAAAACUGGGAGUGAGAGUAGUGUUGAUCGAUUGAUGAAGCAGAUCACAUCCUUCAUGUCUGAAAUUUCAGAUGAGUUUAAAAUAGUUGUUGUACAAUCCAUCAGGUCCUUGUGUCAAAAAUUCCCUCGUAAACACAAUGUCAUGAUGAACUUUUUGUCUGGCAUUUUAAGAGAUGAAGGUGGCUUUGAAUACAAAAAAGCUAUUGUUGAUACAAUUAUCAAUGUUAUUGAAGAUAGUCCAGAUGGAAAGGAAGCAGGAUUAGCCCAUUUAUGUGAAUUUAUUGAAGACUGUGAGCAUACAUCUUUGGGAGUAAAGGUGUUAUAUUUAUUGGGUAAAGAAGGUCCCAAAACAUCUCAGCCCUGCAAAUAUAUCAGAUAUAUUUAUAAUAGAUUAAUCUUGGAAAAUGCACCUGUUCGAGCAGCUGCUGUGAGUUCAUUGGCUAAGUUUGGAGCCCACUGUGAAGAUUUGCUUCCCAAUGUAACCGUCCUACUUCAGCGCAGCCUCUUGGAUACCGAUGAUGAAGUGCGUGAUCGAGCCACUUAUUAUCUCAAUAUUCUCAAUGAAAAGCAGAAGAGUCUUUAUUCUCAGUAUAUCCUCAAUGGUUUACAAGUCUCAAUAGUAGGUCUAGAAAAGGCCCUGCACCAAUAUACUUUAGAGCCUUCUGAAGCACCUUUCGAUAUCAAGAGUGUUCCUCUUGCCACUGCACCUAUUGCAGAAGAGAAGAAAGCUGAUGUUCCAACUAUUGGUAAGGCCAAAGAAAAAGUGGCUGCUUCACGACAAGACAUAUUUGCUGAACAACUUGCUGCCGUGCCUGAGCUUGCAGCUCUUAACUUAGGUCCUCUAUUCAAAUCUUCACUACCUAUUGAACUUACAGAGUCAGAAACAGAAUUUGUAGUCAGAUGCAUAAAACAUACAUUUACUAAUCAUAUAGUUCUUCAGUUUGAUUGCACCAAUACCUUAUCUGAUCAAGUUUUAGAGAAUGUUUAUGUUCAAGUUGAACCUAGUGAAGGGUUUGAAGUUCUUGCUUAUGCACCCUGUGCUAAGCUACAAUAUAGCAUACCUGGAACUACAUAUGCUUGUAUAAGGCUACCAUCAGAUCCUUUAGUUGUGAUUGGGACAUUUGGCAAUACUUUGAAGUAUCUUGUGAAGGACUGUGAUCCAAAUAGUGGAGAACCAGACGAUGAUGAAGGCUAUGAAGAUGAAUAUGUGCUAGAAGAUUUAGAUAUUUUGCUGAGUGACCACAUUCAAAAGGUUUUGAAAACAAAUUUUGCAGCAGCUUGGGAAGAAGUCACUGCUAAGAACGAAUUAGAAGACACUUACGCAUUUAAUUUAAAAACAUUAGAAGAUGCCGUCAAGAACAUAAUGCACUUCCUUGGAAUGCAACCUUGCGAAAGGUCUGACAAAGUGCCCGAGAACAAAAGCUCUCACACUCUCUUUUUAUCCGGCGUGUACCGGGGAGGCCACACCGUGCUGGUACGUGCCAAGUUAGCCAUUCGCUCAGAUACAGAAGGCGUCACCAUGAACAUUGCAGUCAGAAGCACGGACCCCAACGUAAGCGAAAUAGUUGCUUCAGCCAUAGGUUAAACCUAUUUAGUCCUUUAUCUUUAAAGAAAUGUACAUUUUUGAAAGCUUUGGCCACACUGAAGCAAAAAGAUGGACUUGUAUUCAUAACAGUAUCACUUCAUAUGAAUUUUUAUGUAUUUUCUUUCAGCACCUAUUCAGUCACAUUUUAGUUUACUAUUUUGUAACAGAUGUCUUCCUUUAAUCUUCGGUUAAGUUUUCAGAAAUCUAUUGUAAUUAGUUAGUUUUCAACGAAUUCAAAAAAGUUUAUAUUUAUAAUCAAUUCUGUUAAAAGAAGUGCUUUUCCCUUUCUUUUAAGUUUGUUGGCAAAAAAAUAAAAUUAUUAUUAAAUAAAUGUUAAAUGAAUUCUGUAUAUGAUAAAUUCUGCUGAAUGUGUGCUUAAGAAUUGUUAAAUAUUCAAUAUUUUUGACUAUCUUUUUUCUUUAGAUACUGUUUCUAAAUAAGUAUAAUAUGGGCAUAUUGUAACUGUAUCAUCUAUAUAUAUGUUAAGUAAUAUUUCUUAAAAAUUGAAUCAUAUGUACAAAUUUAGAUAUGUAAUUCAAUAUGUUUUACAGUAUGUUUGAAGUUUUAUCUUUCCUCCUCAGAUUUAUUUUAUAUUUACAGUGGGGGAGGCAGUUUUAUGAAUCAUGGUGUUACAAAGAGUGUUUCUAACAUUUGAUGUUAUCUAAUUAAAUAUAAAUUCUUAUAUAGAUUUUAUUCUUUAUCCUGGAAGUUUAGCUUCUGAAUCCUUAGUUAAUAUCUAAUUGUUUGGUUUGAAAAAAAAGUGAAAUAAAAAUUGUAUAUAUUAGGAUUCUUUUUCCAGAGCAAUUAAAAGCAUGCAGGAAAAAUAGUGCUUGUAUUUUUUAAGGGAAUAGGUUACUUUUGAUACCAAAGUGCUCUUUUCUACUGUAUUAUUUAUAAGUAUGAAAUUAAUGGUUUCAAUAUAAUUAAACUAUAGUGUUUCUUAUAUUAUGACUCUUAUUUGAGUUUCUCUUCACCAUAUUUAUAAUUUUUGGGGAAAUUUGUAAAAUCAUUCCACAAUCUUUCAUUGUUUUGUUUCAUUAUCAUA